CCCAGAUUUCCUCGGACUCACACAAGGCCACGACGACUAAUAUGACUGUGGAACGUCCAUCCUGAUUUUUGUCUUCUAAAACUCAGGUGCGCACGAUGCUACUCCAUCGAAUCUCGGAAUCUCGGACGCCCUGUCGCGUCUGCUCCAUGAUCGAAGUCCACACCCAACAUCAAUCCCACCGGUGACCCUGUUCUAUUCUACCUACAUGCCGCCAUGCCUUUCCACGACCUCAGCAUCCCCUACAGCUCCUCCCAGCCGCCCUCCGCUCUCAGCCAUACCCUCCUCUUCGCGUCCGAACUCGGCUACACAACGGUCGCCCUGUCCCUCACUCUCGCGGGCAAACUCCCGUCGACACCACCGUCCAUCCCGAUCUCUUCACUGUCCAUUCCCCCAUCCCUAACGAUUCUGACACGCCUUACGAUAACGAUAUCCGACGCCUCGCAAAACCAUCGACUCUCCUCCUUCUCACCGGCCUGCAACCUCCUCGCGCUGCGGCCCACCAGCGAAAAAGCCCUACAACUCUGCUGCUCCAGCCUCGAAUGCGACCUGAUCAGUCUAGACUUCACCCAACGCCUGACCUACCCGAUCAAAUUCAAAACCGUCGCCGGGGCCCUCCAACGAGGCGUGCGCUUCGAGAUUUGCUAUGCGCCGGGCAUUUCCUCGUCCAACUCGGACGCCCGACGCAAUCUCAUCAGCGGCGCGACCGCCUUGAUCCGCGCAACGAGAGGACGUGGAAUCAUACUGAGCAGCGAAGCUCGGAAUGCCCUAGGGUUGCGCGGCCCUCACGACGUGAUCAACCUCGCGCAAGUAUGGGGACUCGGCCAGGAGAGGGGGAAGGAAGCGCUGUGUGAAGAGGCCGGGAAAGUUGUCAGGUUGGCGGGCAUGAAGAGGACGAGUUUUCGCGGUGUCGUGGAUGUCAUCGACGGAGGAGGCACAACUGCAACUGUAGGACCUAUGAACGCAGGAGAUGCGCAAGGGCAGAAGCAGCGAGCUAACAUGAAGGAUGCGACCACCCAAGGCGCCGAACGAGGGAAGGCAAAUGAGGUCGUUUUAUCGAACGGCACGAAGCGCAAAGCCUCGGUCUCAUCCCUUGGUGGCGGGGUCUCUACCCAUAAUGCGUCCGAAGAGAAACCACUUUCCAAGCGCGAAAUGAAGAGACGAGCAAAGAAGGCGAGGAUGGAAGGUAAAGCAGGGCCCGACGACACUCAUCCUACAGAUGUUGCCCAGGAUACCACUGCUACAUCUGAAUUUCCUAUCAAGCAUGAGGCACUCGCCGAUAGUAGUAAUAAAGUGCCCAAGAAGAAAAGCUAGUCUAGUCUGGCUUCCUGUGUACAAGAAAUUUGAAAAAGAAAAAAAGGGGUCUGGAUCAAUAUCCCUUUUUC